UUAAAAUUUUUCCCAGAAAUUUGAUAUUUUUGUUUAUAUACCUCUUGUCUUUCCCCAAAAAAACAAAAAACAUUACUUUAAAAUAAUAAUCGAUUUUAAUUUUUUUAAAACAUGGAAGAAUUCAAAGUACCAAAUGCGGUUCCAAAGUCUAUCGCCAAACCAAUCGAAGAAAAACCAACUAUCGAUCCCAUUCCACCAACCAAAUCCACCGCCGCCGCCGAUGAAAAACCCCAAACAAAACCAAUACCCAAUUGUCCAUACAACGAACCAAAAUGGUCUGCUUGUCCACCAAAAGAAUUCUCUUAUAAAUUCGAAGUUUUAAAAACUGGACAAAUUAUCGAUGAAGUAAAAGAUUUACAAGAAAAACCAUUUUGGGUAUUCGGUCGUUCGCCGGGCAAUGACAUUGAAAUGGCCCAUCCGACUGUUUCUCGUUUUCAUGCAAUUUUCCAAUACCGCCCAAAAUUAGAAUCCGAUGAUACAGCGGAAAAUAAAAAACACAUUGAAGAGGGUUGGUAUAUAUACGAUUUGGGAAGUACUCAUGGGACAUUUUUAAAUAAAAUGCGAAUCCCGCCAAAAGCAUAUAUUCGGGUUAAAGUGGGUCAUAUGUUAAGGUUAGGUGCUAGUAUGAGAAGUUACAUUUUGCAAGGGCCUGAAUUCGAUCAGGAACCUGAAUCUGAAAUGUCUGUGACUGAAUUGAAACAAAUGCGUAUUAAUGCCGACGAGCAUAAGAAAAUCAAUGCUGCCAUUCAAUUGGAAGCAAUGGAAAGGGAAGAUGUUACUUGGGGAAUGGGUGAAGAUGCUGAUGAGGAAACUGAUUUAUCAGUUAAUCCUUAUGCUAGUACUAACAAUGAAGAAUUGUUUCUUGAUGAUCCGAAGAAAACACUUCGUGGGUUCUUUGAACGUGAAGGACUUGACUUGGAGUACAAAUGCGAUGAAAUGUCGGUUGGGACUUUUGUUUGUCGCAUUGAACUUCCGGUUGAUGAUUUGAAUGGGAAGCAAAUUGUGGCAGAGAUAUGUCAUAAGGGAAAGAAGAAGGAUUGCGUUGUCCAAUGUGCCUUAGAGGCAUGUAGAAUUCUAGAUAGACAUGGUGUCCUUAGGCAGGCUAAUCAUGAACCCUUGAAGCGAAAGAUAGUAAAACCCGAUUCAGAUGAUGAAGAUGAUUUCUUUGAUCGCACUGGAGACGUUGAACGGAAGAAGAUGCGAAAGUCAAAUCCAAGUACAAGCGUUACAGUGACUUAUGAGGAUUUGCUUUCUCAAGAAAUCGAAUUGGAGGAAAAGUUAAAACAAGUUAAAGCCAAGAUGGAAGAAUACCAGGAACUCGCCAGGCAGGUAAAAGAAUCGAAGAAACAACAAAUCGAAGAUCUUGAUACAUUCAUGGAGAAUCUAACAGAUGCACAAACAGUUUUGGAAAAAUCUGAUUUAUGGAAAUUGCAAAUGGAAGAGAAGCAGCUGUUGGUUGAUCAAACCAAACUUAAGAGAUUAAUUCAAAUUGCUAAACCAAUAGAACUGCCAGCGAUUAUAUCUUCAGUUGCCGAGCCAUCGAAGAAGCCAAAACAACUGCCAAUGGUUGGAAAACGUAAUCAAUUUUCAUAUCAAACUCUAAAGCCGGUUAGGGUGACGCCGAAAGAGACAAAGACAACAGUUGGUGAGGAAAAAGAACUCAAAUCAGAUGAAGAAGAAGUUGAAGAGGAGGAAGAAGAAGAACUAAAGUCGGUCGUCAAAGACAAUGAACCAACAUCAGAAUCCGUUACAAAAAAAACCGGAGAAGAAGAAAAAUCAAAUAAAUUAUAUGGACCAGCUUUUAUUCCAGAAAAUAUUCCUUCUCUUGAUGAGACACAAGAAAUCAUUGAAGAUUCAGUAGAACCCGAAGAGAAAACUACUGAAGAACAAAAAAUCGAUGAAACCCCAAGUAAGGAAGAGCCAGAAAAAUCAACAACAAAUGAUGAAGAAUCCACAUCAUCAGCUGUAAAAAGAAAACGACAACGCCAGAGAAUUCGAGGAAAACGUGAGAACGUUGACAUUGAAGAUCUAGGCGAGCAUGAAGAUACAGAAAAAUAUGCGAAAUGGGUUCCACCAGAGAAUCAAUCUGGUGAUGGAAUAACUUCUUUGAAUGACAAAUUUGGGUAUUAAUAAGAUAACAAUUAAUAAUUUUUUUUCUAAAAUUUCAUGCACAAAAAAGAUAUUUACUGUAUUAAAGUAAAAAGUAAUUUUAAAGUCAAUGCAAAUCACGAAGAAGAGAUAAAAAUAUAUAAAAGCUUAAUUAGCUUUAUGUAAAGUAUUCAUGUUUUUUUAUGCUUUCGUUGGCUAUUUUGAAUGUGUGUAAUUUUUUUGUAAUAAUUUAAAAAUUAAUUAAUAGAAUUGUAAGUUUUCCUGUUGUUGAAAUCUAAUGAUUGGUAACGUAAAUUUUAC